CUGAGAAGCACUUUGCAGCAGCGGUAAUUUGAAAGUGUUCUUCCCUGCUGCCUAAAAAGUACUUCAAGGUAUGCCACUUUGAGAACUAACUACUGAUCGGUUUUUUUCAUGAAGACCCAUGUUUCGUCUUGAAGCACUGUACAAGUUGUUUCAUUUCGUGUAUUUGUCUUCGGAUGACAUGGAUAUAUUUACUAGAACAGCUUCAUUUACUCGUGCAUUAGCCAUUUCAGUUAGGUGCCAAAGUUUUGCGAGUUCUAUGGCUAACAAGCAAAACAAGCAUAAAAUUGUCAUUGUCGGUGGUGGUGCAGGCGGUUGUGCAAUGGCUAGUCGCAUGUGCAAUCAUGUAGAUGAAAAUCAAGUCGCUGUUAUUGAACCAUCUAAAAUUCAUUACUACCAACCAUUGUUCACACUUGUUGGUGCCGGAAUUAAACCCUUCAAAGAAACAUAUCGUGAAGUUGAAGAUAUUUUACCCAGAAAGGUAAAAUUGUAUCAAGACCAAAUAACACGUAUUGAACCAAAAGACUCUUAUGUUGUACUUUCGAAUGGAGAUAAAAUAUCAUAUGAUUAUCUCAUUUUGGCUCUUGGCAUGGAUUUACGCUAUGAUAAAAUUACAGGAGCUGAAGAAGCUUUGAAAACCGAUCCCCGUGUCUGUUCAAAUUAUUCGCCUAAUUAUGUUGAAAAAACACUGAAAGCUUAUCAUGAUUUCAAAGGUGGUAAUGCUGUCUUUACACUGCCAGCUGGACCAAUUAAAUGCGCUGGUGCUCCGCAGAAAGUGAUGUACCUAUUUGAAGAUUAUCUGAAAAGAUCUGGAAAGAAUAUCACAGCUGCUAUUCAUUACUUCACAGCUACAAAUAAAAUGUUUUCAGUGGAUAAAUAUUCCAAUAAUUUAACGGAAAUCUGUAAACAACGCGGUAUACAUUAUAAUUUAUCGCAUAAUUUAGUCGAAGUGAAUCCACAAACCAGUGAAGCUGUAUUCGAAAAUAUGGAAACAAAGAAGCUUGUAAAAAUUAAAUAUGACCUUUUGCAUAUCACACCUCCAAUGAGUUGUCCUGAUGUUCUAGUGAAAACACCAAAUAUGACUGAUCCUAAUGCUGCUAAUUAUGUCAGUGUUGAUAUUAAUACAUUGAGACAUAAACAUUAUGAUAAUAUAUUUGCACUUGGUGAUUGUGCUGCUUUGCCAACAUCUAAAACAGCUGCAGCUGUCGCUGGUCAAGUCGGUGUUUUGGAAAAGAAUCUAUGCGAUGUUAUGAAAGGUGGUAAAGGCAAUGUUGCUAAAUACGAUGGAUAUACUGCAUGCCCCUUAGUGACAGGAUAUAAUCGAGGUAUCAUAGCUGAAUUCGACUAUUCCAUGAAACCAUUAGAAACACUUCCUAUUGAUCAAGGGAAAGAGCGUUAUCUAUUCUACUUUAUGAAGACAUUUGUCCUACCGCCUAUCUACUGGGAUUGGUUUAUAAAUGGAUAUUGGUCUGGUCCAAAGCCUUUCCGUAAUCUUCUUCAUUUGAAACGACCUUCGUAUUCACCAGCAGAGAAGUGAACACCGGUGGAUUUCUACUCCUUUAGGUUGAUUGGUUGGUUGGUUGGUCGAGUUACUGCAAUCUUAUACGCCUUAAUUUUUCGAUUGUCAAUUGUUAAAACCCCCAACAAUCUGUAUCUGUGGUAAUUUCCUUGUAACUAAGGAAAAGUAAUGCAAUAAUAAUAAUAUUAAUAUUAAUAAUAUCAGGCUUAUCUUCAUAUUUUAUUUAAGUUUUAUUUUCAAGUUCCCUUUCAUUGUGUUGCCUCUGUUUUCUUUCCUCUUUUGUAUUUUGAGAAGUGAGUUUUACUUUUUAAGAUAAGUUUUUUUUCACAAACACAGUCACUCAUAUUUAUGAAACAUUAUGGGACAAUUAAUGCUCGGUGUGUGUGUGUGAUAGAUACUAUUGCUUAACUGCCUUAUUCCCCCAGUGUGACUACACAAGCUGUCCAUCGUGCCACCUCACUGUCAUUCAUCAUCAUUGUGAUCUAUCAAUUGCUGCUGCUUUUUUCGUUGUCACCACUAUUAUUAUUAUUGUUAUUAUUUUCGUUUUUGAUUCACCUUUCGCCUAAUACAAUGAUGGCCAAAAUAAGUAUUUUGUAAUGCAAAAUAAAUAAUAAAUAAAUAUACUUUUUCCUUACAGUUAUUUAUUUCUCUUAGUGAAUUUGAACAAAACAACAAUAACGAAUUGGGCAGGAUACCAUGAUGUCAUCAUUAUUUUCGGCA